AUGAACAAAACCACUAAUGCAAAGCCCAGAACCAAGUUCUCCAGUCGCAAUUUAAGUAUCGUCUACAAGGCACCGUUACGAGGUAAACCUCUGCCCGAUCAUGCCACUGGACCGCUGCAACGCCUCAACAGCCGUAUGAUUGUGCUCGGACGUACGUCCGUAGCACCUCCAGCGCCGCUCAACACACCCAGUUUGAAGAAGGAGGGACAGGUGCACAACGUUCGUGUACGUCUAGUUCCUGCGGGAUCCAACUGGGCUGAGAAUGCCGGUAAUACGCAGAAAGCCGAGACAUCGAAGUCUUCCAUCGAUGAUGUGAGGCUGACCGCGUCGUUGACAGGCUCUGUUUGGACGCCUGAAAGUGUGGCUGAGAAUGUUCAUGAUACCACGUCGUCUGUUCGUAACAAGCCGGCAGCUAAAAUUGCUGGACGCUGGGGGGAUGACGCAGCUGAACGAGACAUUGGCUGGAAGAGUAUCCUAUCUCGAACGCAAACGAAUCAAGAAAUGAUGGAAUUUAGCAAUGCAGAAGACAAUAUGCAGAAAAAUCACACAAACGUGUUGUCCUCUCCUAAUCACUUAGAGCAUGAUAGAUUGACGGACCGAUGGGCACAAUCUCACCACGAAAUGCCCAGGCUGAACUCGUUGCUCCACAGCUACAAUGACCUCGGUGAAGAAAGAUAUGGCUUUAUCGAUCACCCUGCAUCAAAGUGCGAAGAUGCAAGCCCUUGUGGCUACAAUCUGCAGAAUCUUAGAAUCUCUGGUAAAAAAACCCAACAUUCUGGCGCUAUGUGCAGCAAGUCAAACACAUCUAUUUUUUGUGGUAGUCACACUCAUUGUAAUGCCAGCAAUCCAUGCUUUGAUACUAUGGCAACUGGAAACCAAAGUUAUUCUGUGGAAGCUGACGGACUCGCUUUUCGAAAUGAAAGUAUGCUUAAUUAUUUGCCAGCAUCGACAAAAGUAUCCCUUGGAACCGGUUCGAUCACUUUGUCGUCUUCAGAGCAGAAAUUUGCUCGCAAUGUGAUUCAACCAGAAAAUGAUGACUGGUAUGAAAGGGAUGCAGGGUCUCCUACAGAUUUGUCUGAUUAUCACGGUCUUAGUCAUGACGCGGAACGUCCUAAAAUGUUAUUUGAUCCAAAAACGGGAGCGAUGGUCUUGGCCUCUGAAAAAAGAGGUUCAGCAAAGCGUAAAACCGGCGGUCAGACUAGUGUUGUCAAUGAUCACUCAGCGUUAAACUCGGAAACAAUCUGCAAGCAAUAUAAUGGUCAAUCGCAGACAAGUUCAAAGAGGAAAUUUAUGAAGUCGACAAAAAAUGGCAUCAAAUCCGAAGAAAUGCUAGCUGCUGCCGUUGAAAAUCUGGUUAUGGACAACUCGAACAUCAUGAAAGCAAUGGAAGCCGUCGUGUCGACCAAAGUGUGUAAACAACUAAAUGAGAACGUUUUGCUGGCUGAUAAAUGCAAAGAAAAGCGUAUUUCAAAGCCCCCAAAAGGAAAGCCGAUUCAAAUUUCUUUGUCUUGUCGACAGAUAUCAAACUCGCAGCAUUCUGUAGCAUGCACACGAACACGAUCAAGGCCCAACAAUGACACAAUGAUAAAACGUGAAUUUCAAAAAGGAUUGCGAUCAACAGCUGAUAAACAGGAGAUGACUGACGAUGAGUCUAGUGAAAAUGCGUCGAUGCCUUUCACCGAGCAAGAAGGUACUUCAGUAGGUCUUCAAGACCACGAGUUUGAAACUGUUAAGUCACGGCGGGCUGUACAGCGCGAAAAAAAGGAGAUUAGAGAGCGCUUAGCCUCAAUGAGAAUAGGUGCUUCUGCACUUUACAAAUACAGUAGCACCUCGGCUAUACCAACGAACAAAGGGAAGCACGCUCCAGAUAAUUGUGGUUCGGCUGUGAACAUGCAAGUUACCUCGAAAUAUUGUGAAAAGUCUGUUAAGACGUGCAAUAAUACAGAAAAGGCGGUUAAAGCCAAAAAGGUGGAGCAUGCAAAGCAGGCAACACGGCCCAAGAACAAGAGCAUGUCAGCGAAGGCGGAUUCUAGCGAGGGGAUCGAUAUGUUUGUGAAGACGUUGCAUGCGGUUAGUCAGGAAGGUCGGGCAAAGCUCAUCGAGCAGGUUGCUGGAGAGGCUCCAGUGGAGUCACCAGGCUUGAAAAAAAUUAGGGUGGCUUCAGCGACAAAGAAGAAGCGGGAACAGAAUAGCUUCAGCUACAACCAAUUGGAUGACCGGGACGCGUCUACCUCCAAAGCCGAAGUUAAGACUUGUACAGAAAUAUGCGAUCAGAUGUCAUCCAAGACAACAAAGCGACGGAGACCAGCCGCUUCGGCAAAGCCCAAGCAUGUCCGCCAUAUUUACGUAGCGAAGACACCAGCUAGCAGCACAUCCACUGCUGCAUAG